AUGGAAAAGGAGCAAUUCGCUGAUGUCGACCUCAUAUCUGGAUAUGAUCCUAAAAAGGAGCCGUCUGCUUUCGUGAGGAGGCGAAAGAAUAAGAACAAUGUGGUCUUCUACACACAUUUUGAAGAAGUGCUCCAGAAAAUCAAUCCAUUCGGUGCCUACCAAAUCUUCGCCUUCAUCGUAAUCCUUUACGCAUCCAUUGAAUGGGCAGGAAAUACCACGUUUAUGCAAGUUCUUGGCUCACUUGAGCCAGACUGGAACUGCACAAGACCUGAUGGAACGCCCGAUAUCAUCACAGCUCCUCUGGAUGAUGAGAAAUGUCAGAUAGUCAAACAAGAAUGUGUACAACUUACUGCUGUUAAAGGUUCUGUAGAGUUCUAUUCGGUUGUCGGAGCUUUCAAACUCGUAUGUGACAACAAGGAUAAAGUAAAAUGGAUUCAAAUAAUUCAAGCUGGAGGAUCUCUUGUUGGAUCCGUUUUCGGAGGUCAUAUGGGUGAUUGGUUCGGACGAAAGACCAUUUUCUUUUAUGCUCAACUUCUCAUCAUAGUGACAUCUAUCAUGAGUACUGCUGCUCAUGAAUGGAUAGUUUUCUCGAUUCUUCAGGCUCUCAACUGUUUCCUAUACGGAGUGAUUGAGACAACCUCUUUGACAAUGAUGAUGGAGUAUACAAAUAACAAGUACCGCGUAAUUCUAGCGACAGCUUUCCAAUGGCCUCUCGCUUAUAUGGUUAUGUCACUCAUCGCUUUACUAACAAAGGAUUGGCAAAAUUACUUUGUUUUCUUGAAUCUCGUCAGUUGCCCUUUGACAAUCGCAUCUAUGUUAUUCUUGGAGUCCCCUCGAUGGCUGAUAGCAAAUGGAAAUCUUAACAAAGCCUGUGAUGUGCUGAACGACAUUGCUCAUCCUCGAUGGAAUAAUACGAAGGCAAGGUUCACAACAAACACCAUUUCAACUAUCUAUAAAAAACAAGAUAAACGGGUAUAUUAUAACUUCUACCACCUCUUCAGCUCCGUCCGAUUAGCCAAGCAGUCUGUAAUGCAGAUGUUGUCAAUGUUCACAUACUCAAUGGUUUCUAAUACUUAUCUUUACACUGUGAGCGGGAUGCAUGAUUCUCCAAUUAUGUUUGUUUUCCUUGAUGGAGUUUUCCGUCUGUUCACUCCAUUCCUCAUUAUCAUACUUGAUAUAACGCUUCCCCAGUUCGGUCGUAAGGUACAGUUCGUGGGCUCUUUAGUUACACAAUUUGCUCUCUUUGGAGCUGUAAUCGUACUCGUGCUUACUGGAUUCAAAUAUGAUGAUAUCGCCGUCACCAUUCUUGUAAUCGUGACAACCAUGAUUAACGAUUGCGUUUUCUUGAUCAACAUAGUACAAAUCACAACUCAACGCUAUCCAACUGUCAUUCGUUGCUGCGCUUUCGGAUGUCUUCACUCUGUCAAACACAUAGGUAGCAUUAUUGGUUUAUUGGUACUCGGACCUCUUCUCACAUCAUCCUGGCCCGCUGGAGCUUUUGUUGUUCCUGAAGCCAUGAUCGCUAUCACUCUUAUUCUUGGUUUCUUCUUGCAACCUGAAACUAAAGGAAAAGCUCUGAUGGAUCAAAUGGUAGAAGCAAACUAUGGUCGUUUAGAGAAUGAACUUCCUAGAGCUUUGAUAAGACUGGCUGCGGGUCAUAAACUGGCUCAAAUGGAAAUAAGAGAGCAAUUGAAGAAAGAGAUGCUUGAAGCAGAAGCAGCCACCAAAGCAGGAAAAGCAGUAGCCAGUCCUUGGGCUUUCAAGGGAGAAGAAGAUGAGAACGAGUUCGAAAACGAGAAUGGACACGAAUAUGAACAUGAACAUGAAUAUGAUCAUGAUCAUGAGCAUGAACAUGAGCAUGAACAUGAACACAAAAUCGGUAAUCAAGUUGCGCUAGUAGGAGAGCAGAAUGAAGCCUACGAAGACGAUUCUGAUGAAGAUGAAACGGCUACGGCAUCAACUAUUGAAGAGGACCUAAGAUCAGCAACUUGUAGAUUGUAA